AACUGUAUUAACAUGUGAUGCCCCUGCUUGGAAGUUGGAUGUCAUCCAUGGAUAUGUGCAAUAGACGAUAAAAGAGACGACGACUUGAUGGUCUUGACCUUCAGAACUUUUUAAGUCUUGAACUUAAUACCGCUCUGUAGUUGAUAGUUUAUUGAACGUGGUUUUAAGAAUUGUAUGUGUACGUUCUAAAGUUGGACAUGGUGACCAAUAUCGGUACACACUUAUUUUGAAAGCCAGUACAUGUACGCACAGAUCAAAGUGUGCUGCUUAUGUUGUGAUCAAGACGGAAAACUGUUGCGACAAAAAUGGGAAGCAAAGCUGGACCGAUUCAGCCCCUAGAGGGCAUGCUUUCGGAGCAGAGCAGGUACCGUCCAUUCAACCUGUACUGGUUGGACUCCGCAUUGCACGAGACACUAUUACCUGGGUCGCCAUGGGAACAGGUGCACGCUCAUAUCUGUGCAGAGCUAGCCAGGAGUCUACGGUCAGAUCUCGGAAACCUGGAGGAGGAGAGGAAACAGAUGAUCCUUCAUCUACUUGGGCCGGAGUUUGUCAAACGAUACAUGCCUGGCGUGCAGCACAGGCCUGAUGUAUUGGAUCCGUCAGUCCUUGGAGUCGAACUAAAGAAGCAGUUGCAACGAACCACUCAACUGCUCCUCAGAGACAAACUUGACAGCAUUGUCAGGGAGCUUGGCUACGCCCCUGCGUCAAGCAAUGCCUCGACACCGGUCACCGACAGACAGCAUAGCGAAGAUGGGCAUGGGGACCAGGGAGUAUCGGACAUACAGGCGGUGAUCGACCAUGCGCGGGGGAUCUUUGAGACAGGUUUGGAGAGGAACCUGGUGAUACAAGAGGUGAUAGAGAAACAAGAGCCACAGGAUGUCGAAGAUUUGCCCAGAAGCGGUGUCAAUCUCUCCGGCAGAACCAGUGAUCACCUCGGCAGGUCCCUCAUCACUAUCCUCCAACGAGACCCGAGUCGACUCGACAGCAUAUGCCAGCGUCUGUCAGGGAAGCAACUACCUGCGACAUUGAGGAGCUACCUGUGGGCGGAGAUUCUACUGCAGCUGGUGGAGGAUGGCGGGAGCGGAAGAGAAAAGCCAACAGAAAAAUCUAUCAGGAAGAGGUUUGCAAAGGCCGUGUCAAAGGGCAAGGUGGACAUGAAGAUUACCAAGGCAACAGAGUGUCCAAUAGGAGGGCUCAUAGAAACAGCUGUCAAAGAGAAAUUUGACGCCACUCCAUGCAUGCAGGCCCAGAGACUUGACAAGUUCCACACGCAGGCCAGGGAAGCGCUGAAUAUCCUGUAUACGUACAACCGGAGCUACGAACCAUUCCUGAUUUCCUGGCUGUUCCCUUUGCAAUUGGCAUUCCAGGAACACCAAAGGAAAGAGGAGCACCCCUAUGAAUUGGCGCUGUACCUAGAUCUCCUGCUCACCUAUGCCUUUCCAAAAUGGCCGGAGAUAUUUGCAGUUGCUGAACAGGCAAUGGCUCGGCUAAAGAUGGCUGACACGGAGUUGUACGACCACCUACAGGAAUGUGCCAUCACCAAUGUUAAAGUUAACCCUCAGGAUUUUUUGGUGCAUCUUAUACGUGCAGAGAAGAAGAAAGCAGCUGCUUUAAGUUGGAGCACCAGCACUGAUGAUCCCACGAACUCCUCAACCGGCUCUAUGCCCAAGGAAUUGUUGGCAAACCCACUCAUAUUCCUACGCAAGUGGGUCGGGGAGGGUUUUGUGGGAGUGCUGAACAGCCCUGCUGUGAUGUACAUAUGGGACCAGUGCUUCAUUGAGCGUUGGGACCGGCAGGUUCUAGAAGACGCCUGCCUGGCAUUGCUGCUGCUGCUGAAAGAGAAAUUCAUGAAAGCGAUAGACUACCACCAGAUGAGACAGGUGUUUCUUAACGAGCCGUCAAAGAUAUUGACCCUUGACAUGGUGAGAUCCUAUCAGCAUAUCCGAGAGGGGCAACCACCAAGUGCUGUGCCCAACUUCAACAGGAAGAACGUACUAAGACCAGAAAAGCCUGAAACAGCUUCACCCCAGGCCACUCCAGAACCUGCAGCUGUAGUCACCCCAUCCCCUGUUCCUACCUCCAUGGUUCAACAGACCCCAGAGCCAGUAGACACAGCCCCCAGUACACCCAAGGAAUUGGAACCACAGUUGGAGAGGGUUCAGCUCUGCAGGGCUGGCCUGAGGAAUGUCAGACUCAAACUGAUGUGGAACCUCACCAAAAGCCAGCUCGCCGACUUCCAAAUGGAGAAACUGCUGAUCACUGUUUUCUUAUCCAUCGGGGAUGAGACUCUGCAAGUCAAGCAGAUCAAGGAUUCUGUGAUCAUCUCAUCCUUUGCUAAAGAGAAUGGGAGUCAGGACAUGGAGACAACUUCAGAGCAAUCCUCCAAAGAAAACUUUGGGUCCAAACAUCAGUUGUCAGUGCCAGACAUAAUGUUUUCUGCAAAGGAAAUAGAGUUGUUUAAAUACGACAAGGAACUUGUACCACAAGUGGUUUUGAGAAUUCAGUAUAAAACCACAACAGAAGAAGCAGCUGACGAGGGUGAGCAAGACGCUAACACUUCAGUGGGAUGGGCUUUGAUUCCUGUUUACGAAAAGAAAACUACUCCCUCCACCCCUAAUGGCAACCAAGAUGAAACAGCCGAUGAGGUGUCAACAUGGUCACCUGAUGCAGGUGAUCGGACUGUACCACUGUACUUUGGGGAUGUUCCAGAGGAUGUGACGGCUGAAGGGGCAAUGAAGGAAUUUGCUGAAGAAGAUCUUCUGCGAGAGGGGUCAAAGGUCGGCCUGACAGUGUUUGAUCCAGGGAACUCCCCAUGGGUCGAGCAUGAUCCCAAUCUCUUGGUGACGGCUGAUAGAGAAGUUCCCGUGGAGGAAGGAUUUGAUCUUUACGUCGACGGAGUACGGUUCUUGCCGGAUAACGCUACAAUAUGCAAGGUCACAGGUCGUAUAACUUUGCCCUCCAGCCAGCAUCGGGCAGACAUGGUUACCACCGCCCUGCUGGACUCGCCGGUUCGCUGCCCAACAUUUAAGUAUCGAUACACCAUGUCUGUGGCCGAGGCAACCCAGCUGGCCGUCCUGCGUAUGUACACGGUGGACAAAGUGACGAGGUCCGUGGUGGUUGUAGGAGCGGCUGUUCUACAGCUGUAUGUUGGAGAAUCAACCAAAAAGCUGAAUGCUGGAGGUUUUCAGCUGCGACUGCACGCUGGCAUGCCACCAAUGGAGGAGCUGUCCAUUGAGUCCAUGUCUCAACUCCCCAUCAUCCCGGCCUGCUCACUCCUUGUCCGUCUCUUGCCCAGAUCAGAGGAGUUCAUUCCGGCACCAGACUACGCCAGCGGCUAUUACAGCUCCGACACAUGCAAACCUACAACGUCUGAGCAGAGGAUGAUGGGUCAUUACAUGAAGAGCUCUGCCUGGGCUGAUACAGUCCACAUGGUCCUACAGAGGCUGAGACAGGUGGAAGCGGCCACCGAAGAAUUGAAUGAUGAAGAGUUGACGGCGUGGUCGUUGGACAGACUGGACUUCAAGAAGCAGUCCGAUCCAGACGCUGACAAGAAACCAGAUCGUUUGGAUCUGUUACGCUGUGUGGACUAUGAUGAGGAGGAGGGGUUGUACGUGUCGGUGAUGUCUGCCAAGGCUGUUCGAGGUGAAGGCAAGUACAGCAAUAUCAGCGUUCAUGUCCUACCAGGCAGCGAUGUGACAUCUGAGGGAGAGCUUGGCCCAUCAGACACGGAGCAUUUCCUGGUUCAGGAUGCCAAGUCAUCCAGCCUACAGACUGCGCCGGUCUUCAAGGACCCACCUAAGAAACUUCACCCAAGCUACAGCCCAAGGUCCCUCCUAUUGCUGCGAGUGAUUGGCCUGUCCAUCACCUACAAGCCAGACCCAGCCAAUCAGGGCCCUGGACAGAUGUUUGGCAAGGACGGGACGGAGCCGGUCUCCUUGGAGUCCGACUCCAGACUGGGUUGGAGUCUGCUGCCGUUGUUUGAUAAAGGCUGCGUCACUCAGGGUUCAUACCUGCUGCCAAUCUUUCAGGACGACGGCAAGUUUUCAUUCCUGAAGGAGCUUUCUGAUGCCCCAGAUCUAUAUGGUUGGAUGGUCAGUGCAUUGCAGAAGGGAACCAUCGCUCUGGACACCAGCUAUGCCAGCCUCACUCUCACUCUGUGGGACGGCCAUUUUGACAAGGGCGAGACGGUUCAGUUGCUGAUGGAGGACAGGUUCCUCAACGUGGACGAUUUCCAGAAGUUUGCGGCGGCUGCCGAUGGGGUCAAAGGUCAACCCAUGUCUGACCUGAUCCUACAGAGCUUGCCCCCGGAGGUCAGGGAGGAGGGAGUGCUCAGCGAGAUGUACUGGCGGGAGGAGGAGCGCUUUCAAGAAGUCAUGAAGACAACUUUCAAAGAUGUCAUUGAUAAAAUGAAGCUGACAGAAGACGAGGAACCAAGCAACUCAUGAAUAAAAUGUAUUCAGGAUUACGCAGCUUCAGCACCUAAAUAAAACAAUUAUUUCUGACCGAUUGAGAGCGUUGUCCGGUGAUAUUUUGAAAUACAUGUAAAUAAUAAAGUAGGUAAUACUUUGUUUGGAAAUUUGUAAAAAGAAUCGGAUUUUAAUAUUUUUUUGAAAAUCCUGUUACUUAAUGUUAUUGAGUAUUUACAAGCUGCACUUGAUUCUGUUGGUACCAAAAUGGCACUGUUAACCGUUAGGUGCACAUAUUAUAUGGAUGAGAUAUUACAGAUUAUGACGUUUUUGGGGCGGUUGCUAGCGACUGGCCUGUGCUUUAAUGCUUUUUGUUAUAUCGUGUGCUUGGAUACUGUAAUUUCAUUGGUCAAGAACGGCCACGUGUCCAGUCUGUAAAAAAA